CCGCUGAUGUGACAAUUCGGUUGGAUACGGUACGGUAGCCAGUGAUGUGCCGUACUGCACGCUACGACAGAGAGUUCUUGCCCCUUCCUUCGACUGCCUGCCUGACUGGUUGACCGCCCAUCGAAGCGGUUGYCGGCGAGGAUUCUUUCCGUCUCACCUCCUUGUCACGCUUUACUGCCACAAAAUUGGAGUUUGUAGAAGCAGCAACCAAUUGAUAUCACGAUGAAAGCAUUUUCGUUAGCCGUUCUAUCGGCAUGCAUCGCCUCGAUCGAUGCCUUCUCUGCCAUUACGGCGGGAAGCAAGAUCCCUGCGGUCGAUAUGUUCUACGACUUCGGUGAUCCGUCUUUCGUCCACAACAUGGCCGAAUACACCGCGGACAAGAAGGUCGCCAUUGUCGGUCUCCCAGGAGCAUUUACGCCCACCUGGUAAGCACAUUAUAUAGUCUCAGCACAACAUGUUUUCCUUUGGCGUACGUCUCCCCUUAUCAAUAUUUUUAUUCGAAUCUCCGUUUUGACUACAGAUCCAACCGACAGGUUCCAGGAUACCUGGAAUCGCAAGACGCACUCAAAGAAGCAGGAAUCGAUGAAGUUAUCGUUUACUGCGUCAACGAUGCCGCUGUUAUGGGGGUAAGUUUAGGCUGCCGAAUUCUUUCCUGGAAAAAUUUUUAACUUGUAGCGCCAACUCAAAUUUUCACGAUUCUGUGUGUUGAAAAAAAUCUCAAUACAGGCAUGGGCGAAAGACCAGGGAACCGAGGACUCCAUGAUCAAAAUGUUYUCGGAUGCCUCUGGUGAAUUCACCAAAGCCUGCGGUAUGGAGAUGACCCACCCCGGUCCCAUUUCCGUCGGAAUCAUCGGCCGUUGCAAGCGAUGGGCUAUGAUUGUUGACAAGAACAUCAUCAAAGCCGUUGCUGUUGCCGAAAGUGAGCUCGACCCUGCUGGUGAUGACUUCCCCGAGAAGACCUUGGCCCCGGCCUUGAUCGAGAUGGCCAGCGCCGAGUAAAUUCGAUCCGGCAAGUCUGUGUUUAGAAAAUGUGUUUGUGUCUGGCGUCUUGCUUGUUUGAUCAUCCAUUCCCCACUUUUGAUAUGAAUGACGUCCUUUCUGAUGUCCGGAAGCGUUGAACGACAUUUUCCGGCAUGAAAGGACCGAACAUGAAUCCAAAACUGCUGCUAAUGCGUCUAGUGACAGUCCAGGGUCUAUCUCAGGAGUGGACGAAUCGAUGUCUUAAAGAAGUUACCGACGUCUUCGACCAAACAUCGUAUUACUACAUCAAURCGUAACAACUUUCUAUUUAGCUACUAAAACAAAUAUUGUUGAAUACAGUUAUUCUCCAACA